GGGUUCCAGUCUGCAGACUUCGAAGGAGUCUGCUCCCCACUCGAGGCUUCUGGAAGCCUCUUCCUCACUGAUGCACAGAAGGGAGGGUGUGGAAUUUCAGAGCAGUAGCGAGCAUUCCUCAGAAGGCAUGAUAGUGGUAGAACAGAACACAGCGACGUACUAGGGGCAGCGGACGGGAGUAAACGGCACGGCUCCAGGCAGAGCGCACGCGUGAGACUGGCCAAUCAGCACCUAGGGGCGGGACUAGGUCGGCAGGUCAGGCUUGGGAGAUAGGUGGAGCCGAGCCCAGUUUCUCCAAUGGAGUGGAGGCAGAGGCGGGCCCAGUGGCCGAAGGAGCAUGGCGUGGAGACACUUCAGAAGGCUGCUAGACCCGGAGGCAGCCCACCGGCUAGCUGUUCGCUGCACGUCCCUGGGGCUCCUUCCUCGAGCUACAUUUCAGGACUCUGACAUGCUGGAAGUGAGAGUCCUGGGCCAUAAAUUCCGAAACCCAGUAGGGAUUGCUGCAGGAUUUGACAAGCACGGGGAAGCUGUGGAUGGCCUCUACCAGCUGGGCUUUGGUUUCGUUGAGGUAGGAAGUGUGACUCCCCAGCCUCAGGAAGGAAACCCCAGACCCAGAGUAUUCCGACUUCCGGAGGACCAAGCUGUCAUUAACAGGUAGGUGGUGGCUCAGUGUCAGAGGGACAUCUCCUCCCCUGCUGGGAUCUCUGAGAUGGAAGACCCGCCUUCUGCUCUUUCCAUAUUAUGGGUGGACAGGCUGUCAUUUGGAAUAUUCAGGAGCCCUUGAACGCCCGUUGUGUACUAGGCAGCUCUUACCCCAACCUUGGGAAAGAGCCGUGAGGCUUUUACCAGAUGUUUCUGCUGAGGCAUGGUGCUGGCAGCAAAGAACAGUGUGGGAAGCUUGGGCUGUUGUGUUGGACUUCACAGUGUGUGCUUUUCUACAUUGUUACUCCAUUGCCCCUGUCCAGUGGUGGCCUAUAGGAAUAUAAUGAUCUCAUAUGGAAUAUGAAAUGUUGUAAUGACUACACUGAAAACUAGAAAAAGAAGUGAACUUGAUAAUAUAAUUAUCACGAUUUUAUCAUAAACAAUGUAUUCCAAAGUCAUUGUAACAUGCAGACAAUGUAAAAAUCACUGGUUAACCAUCCUCCUCCUUCUAUUGGCUUCUGCUCCUCCCGAGCCCAUGUGCCUUUUACUUCUGGUUCCUCCCACUUGGCCAGGGCUGGUGGCCACAUGCUGUCAGCAGCCUUGGCACUACACAGGUGAUCCUUGCUCUCUGUGAACAAGGGUGUGGUAUUGGACAGCUGCUCUUCGGAGGAGGCAUCCUGCCAACUGUGUGAAGUCUUGCCCCUCGUUGUUCUGUGUGGUUAGUAUAACCGCAAAGAGAAGACCUUUGUGCUUUUGCUAGGAGAUUUUUGGAGCGCCUC